AUGAAGAUUUUCUUCGCCCUAUUUCUCCUCGCUCUCACUGCAAGCGGUGCCUACGCACAGUGCAAAUUCGUUAUAUUGGUCACGACAGGAGAUAAAGAUGAUGCGGGCACCGACGCCCGUAUAUCUCUGUCAGUGAGCACCGCAAAUGGCAAGAAGCUGGUUAUCAAGAGCCUGAAACCUUGGGGCCAGAAGGGCCACAACAACUUUGAGAAAGGACACACCGACACAUUUAAGGGAAGCGGUAAGUGCUUACCGUCCAAACCUUGCAGGAUGUUGCUCGAGUCUAAUGGUAAAGGUAACAAACCCGGUUGGUUUGUGGACAAAGUCACCUUCAUCCAAAUCGAGCAAAAAAAAUUGUCCCAAAAGGAGAAGACAUUCAACGUGAAUAGGUGGCUUGCACGCGAUGAGUCAUCGGGUACGCUCUUUGUGGUUGUGGAUGACUGUGCCAAGUAA